GCCAUCAUAAAGCGGUUCGUGGCUGAACAUUGAUGGACUGCUUGUGUGGUUUCCAUAUGACUACAUAUAUCCAGAGCAGUACUCUUACAUGGUAGAGCUCAAGAGGACACUUGAUGCCAAGGGUCAUGGAGUGCUUGAAAUGCCUUCUGGCACAGGAAAGACAAUUUCCCUGUUGGCACUGAUUGUUGCAUACAUAAAACAAAAGCCGGGUGAAUUAACCAAGCUUAUCUACUGUUCGAGGACUGUACCGGAAAUUGAGAAGUGUGUUGAAGAGUUGCGACGGUUGUUGAAAUAUUAUGAGAAGGAGAACUCUGAGAAGCAGCCAUUUCUAGCUUUGGCUUUGACUUCCAGAAAGAAUCUCUGCAUUCAUCCUGAGGUGAGUCAGGAUAGAAAUGGCAAAGUAGUGGAUGGAAAAUGCCACAGCCUCACAGCUUCCUAUAUCAGAGAACGACACAAGCAUGAAGAAUCUGUACCAGUGUGCCGUUUCUAUGAGAAUUUCGAUGCACAUGGAAGAGAGACCACUCUACCACCUGGAGUUUACAACUUGGAUGACCUGAAAGAAUAUGGUCGAGACCAUGAAUAUUGUCCUUAUUUUCUAGCCAGAUAUUCUAUCACACAUGCCAAUAUAAUUGUCUACAGUUAUCACUAUUUACUGGAUCCGAAGAUAGCUGAACUCGUAUCUAAAGAAUUCAGCAAAAAGUCUGUUGUGGUGUUUGAUGAAGCUCACAACAUAGACAAUGUCUGCAUAGAGUCGAUGAGUGUAAGGAUACGCAGACGCACACUAGAUAAAUGUGCACAGAACCUCGAUACAUUGAAACGAGGUGUAGAUAAAAUAAAAGAAACAGAUAUCAACCGGUUAAAGGAGGAAUAUGGACGGCUAGUUGAUGGGUUGAAGAAUGCAAAGGUAGCCAAGGAGACUGACAUUCAGCUUUCAAAUCCUGUGGUUCCUGAUGAGAUAUUGGAGGAAGCUAUACCAGGAAGUAUCCGAAAUGCGGAACACUUUGUUGCAUUUCUGAAACGCUUUGUUGAGUAUAUUAAGACACGACUGAGAUCCCAACAUGUUGUGUCUGAAAGCCCGCCUGCUUUCUUGAAAGACUGCCACAGCAAAGUCUGCAUAGAUCGAAAACCAUUAAGGUUCUGUUCUGAGCGUCUUCGCUCAUUGCUCUGGACCUUGGAGCUAGCUGAUCUGUCAGACUUUUCACCACUGAUGUUAGUCGCCAACUUUGCAACGUUGGUGAGCACCUAUGCAAAAGGCUUUAUUAUCAUCAUUGAGCCAUUCGAGGAUGGCCUGAAAAUUGUGAGUAGGGGCAACGACCAGGUGUCAAUUACGUCUAAGUUUGAGACACGAGAGGACAUUGCUGUCAUCCGUAAUUAUGGCAACUUGCUCUCUGAUAUGGCUGCUAUUGUUCCAGAUGGAAUUGUGGGGUUCUUUACCAGUUACUCGUAUAUGGAAAACAUUGUGGCUUCGUGGUACGAGCAAGGCAUCAUCGAUAUCAUUCAGCGGCAUAAGCUACUAUUCAUAGAGACGCAGGAUUCUACGGAGACGAGCUUGGCUUUACUCAACUACCAGAAAGCAUGUGAGAAUGGACGUGGCGCCAUCUUGCUGUCAGUAGCUCGCGGAAAAGUGUCUGAGGGAAUUGACUUUGAUCACCACUUGGGUCGUUGCGUGAUAAUGUUUGGCAUUCCAUAUGUAUACACACAGAGCAGAAUAUUGAAGGCAAGGCUGGAAUAUUUGAGGGAUCAGUUUCAAAUUAGAGAGAAUGAUUUUCUAACAUUUGAUGCAAUGCGUCAUGCAGCACAAUGCGUGGGGCGAGCUAUUCGUGGCAAGACUGAUUAUGGUGUCCUGAUUUUCGCUGACAGGAGAUUUUCAAGAGCUGACAAGAAAGGGAAGCUGCCCAAGUGGAUCCAAGAAUAUCUGAAGGACAGCUUGUGCAACUUGACGACAGAGGAAGCUGUCCAGAUAUCUAAGCGUUUUCUGCGGCAGAUGGCUCAACCAUUUACACAGGAGGACCAGCUUGGAUUAUCACUGCUCACACUAGAACAGCUACAAUCUGAAGACAUGCAGAAGAAAAUAGAAAAGCGUGCGCAGCAAACAUGAUCAUUCCUAAUCGAACAUCGAUGUUCACGUAUUCAUGUACAUAUGUUCAUGUACUAUACCAUAUCACAACUAUAAAACUGGCAGUGUGAAUUGGCAAGAGUAAUCACUGUUAUGUACCGAUUUUAUUAUUAAUUAUCCCAUGAAAAUUCUCGUAGUGAACAAUUUUAGUGUACAGAUCAUAAUAGUAUCAGCACUCACUGCUCACAUUUAAAAUUACAGGAACAUUAAUUUGCAAAAUGUACAGAUCAAUGUGCAGAGCUAUGAACUGUAAAUAAUAUUCUGGAAAAGGACCAUCUCAUGAGCAUGUAAACAUUGGCAGUUGUCAAGCAUGGUUUUCUGUGAUUGUUGUGCUAAAUGUAACAAUAAUUGUACUUGUGAUUUUCUUAUCAUUAGUUACUUUUGUAUUUGAAUGCUUACAUAACAGGUAAAGCACACAUCACCAUGUUCAGUUAGUCAAAAAGGUUGCGUGUGUAUAUGCGUGCCUGUAUGUGAAUGCACAGUGUAAAAAUGUUUAUAAAACAAUACAACUUCA